CACAAAAACUGAGAAAUUGAUCAUUAUGUUAAGGUUAUUAACUAUGCAUAAACACUAAAAAAUGUUUGAUACUGUACACGUUAGUAGGUCUAGUUUAAUAUUGUAGCAUUAUUUUGCCCGAUUUGUAAGCGGGAAAUAGAAUAUUUAACUUGAGCAAAAAAAAAAAACACUAGAAAUGACCUUGCGUGACCUUGCUGAGAGUUUUCUCAUAAUGCUUCGCAUUAAAAAGGCAAAACCGCACAUCAAAUGUGUGGAUGCUGCCAAGAUAUGCCCAAAGGGUCGUAAUAGGCGGAUUGUGUCCACAUUAGAGAAUGCCGAUAUCACGUGUUUUUCUUUCUUCCUUCCUUCCUUUUUUUUUUUUUUUUUUUUGCUGAUACAUCGUUCACUAAUCUCACUGUCUGCAUCCCACUCCUGUUAUUACAAACAAUAGUGCGCCAUCAUGAGCUUCCAUGGACAUGCAAGUCAAUGCCGGCUCCUUUGACUUGGGUUGGCUUUCUACAGCGUAAGCCGUUUGAGCUCACCGUCAAUUGAGCCGUUUACACGGACCUCACUGGCGCCGGCCGUGCUCCGUCGACGUCGCACUCCGGUCUUCGCCGGAGUUUUUAUAAAAUGUGUUUAAAACGAAUCCUCACGUACAGGAGCAUUGAAAUACUAUAUGAUGAACUUCCAAACGCCAGAGUUAACUUGAAAAGACACAGUGGUAGCUUAGCACUGUGAGUGUACGCUGAGGAAGUUGUCAAACGGCGGCCCUUUCGUGUUGCUACCAAUCUUCAGUCCAGGCUCGGUACGCUAAAGUUACCCUUUUCAAGGCACGAGUAUGAAUACCAGAUUUCAUUCGAAGUGAUUGCAGGCAUUUGGGUGUUCGCACCAUGCAGUCGCCGUUUUUUGGUUGUACGCAUACUAAGAAUUUACACAUUAAGAAGGGCUGUUUACCAUUCAUUGAACGUACUUCACACUCCCAUCUUGGUGCUCCCCAUAACUUCCCACAACGACGUUUAAUCGAGUACGCCUUCAACAUUGGUGUGUCGCAGGAGGCCCACGGAUUUCAACUUGAUGUGCAGCAGCAACUGCAACUGCACGCGCGGUGUCGUGAACCCAAUUUGCGGCGCCGACGGCGUGGUCUACAUGUCGCCCUGCGUGGCGGGCUGUCGCAAUGAGCUCCGUGUAAAGAAUUUGAAGAUGUACAGCGAUUGCUCCUGCGUGAACGCUACGCUCACCGAAGUUCCUGGAGUGAGCAGCGACGAUGUUCUCUUGGACGGCGUGCAGGCGACGCGGUUGCGUUGCCCCGUCGCCUGUGGCCUCUUCCUGCCGUACCUGAUUGGCGUCCCUAUAGCGCUCAGCUCGGUAUUCCUCAACCUAGCGCCGUCCACGGCGGCGUCCAUCAGGUAAGCAUGCCAGUCCUCUUUGACUGCGACAGCAUUAUUGUGCCAUCCAGCACUGAAGGCGUGUCUGUCUGACUGCCUGGAAAUUGGCAUUUUUCCUCCUUCAUCUCUG